AACAAAUUGAAAAAUCUUCAAAUAGAAAGAAAUGAAGGGAAAACGAGGCGCACAACAGCACGUAAGUAAAUAACGACCUCCGAUUUAUUCUCUAACGGAAACACCACACUCCUUACUCCGCUAUAUCUCCUCCUAGUUUUUCUCUCUCGCACUCCUCCGAUUCGCCGACUGUUUUUCCUGAGCGUGUGUGAAGGGACGGGACACCCGAAAUAAUCUAAAAUUUCGAAGAGAUGAUGAUAACAUGAACAGCGGCGGCAGCAAGACUGACUCUACCGCAACACAAGCUUGUGCAGCGUGUAAAUAUCAGCGAAGGAAGUGUGCCCCUAAUUGUCUACUCGCUCCUUACUUUCCUCCGCAUUUACAAAAAGAUUUCUUGAAUGCACACAAACUGUUCGGAGUAAGUAACAUCGCGAAAACCAUCCGAAAAUGCAAGCCACAUCAGCGAGAUGCGGCUGUCAAGAGUCUGAUUUUUCAUGCCACUGCGCGUGCUAACGACCCUGUUUGGGGUUGUGUGCCGAUAAUUGCGAAAUUGGAGCGAGACUUGCAAAUGGCGCAGGCGGAGUUACGGUUUGUUCUGCAUCAGAAUGAGAUGUUUAGGGCUCAAGCAGCCGCCAUCCAACCACACCCUUUUCAGGUAGAUGAUAUUCUUAACGCGGAGGAGGAAUUUGGUCAUGAUGAUGCUGUGGCUGUGGCUGUCCCUGUCCCUUAUGGGGAAGGUACUAGUCUUGUUCAGCAAGAUCAUAAUCUGUUUGAUGGAAUUCCCGUUAAGACUGAAACAGAGGGGUCGUCUUCGUCCAGUCAUAAGCCACAAUUCCCAGUAUUGGGUGAGGAGGGGGAGCCAUUGUUUGGGCUGUUUGAUGACAAGGAUAGUGCAGCUUUUUUGCACUCCAUCCAUAACAACAGGGGUAAAGCUGUCCUGAAGGAAGAUGUCAAUCCAGUCCAUCAUGAGCAGGAACAUGAUUUGAAGGAUGCAGUUCCCCCAUUCUCUCUCACUAAUGGAAAAGGAGAGGAAAUAAGUAAAUCCUUGAAUGGGAUUACUUAAGAUUUUUGUAGAAACCUGAACAUUCUCUUCCUGUCGGCGAGACUUUGAUCAUUUUUCGUAUGCUUUUCCACCAUGUUUGCAUACUUGCAAGGAAGCAUCAGUGGGAAAACUGCUUUGUUUUUAGAAAACUAGAAUGUCUUCAUGACCAACCUCUUCAAAGUUCAAAUGAGAUGAACUUCAUAAUAAGAUUGUCCAACAAGAAGAAUAGUACUUCUGCUGAAGUAUUGAAAUCUUCCUCAUCA